UCAUUUGUUUUAAUUUAGUAUUUUAUUAAUUACUUCACGUAUUGUGUUCUGCAAGCAGCUGCAGUGUAAAUACUGCUAUGCAGCCAUAUGCUACAUCUUUGUUCUGAAUCGAAAAUGAUUAAGUAUGACGAUUUUACAUCAUAAUUAAACGUAUUGUGUCAUAUCUGCGUAUGUGCACUACUGCUAAUGACACGUCCUUAUACUAGCGCCUCCAUGAAAUACUUGUUUAAAGUAAGACUCUAUUAAAACGAUUGAUUGUUACAAGACAGCAACUGUAUACGUGUCUAAUCAAGUGUAUUAAAUAAUAUAGGAAGACAGGUUUAUCGAUUCCAGUUUGAAACUGCGUUCAUAGUUAAUGCAGGUAAACAACACGUCUUGGAAGGACUCGGUAUCUCUGUCACAGCCGGCUUUGUUACGACAUAUUUUGGAGUGAAAGAGUCGGAGGGGCACGAAAAGUACCUUGAUCUAGAAUUAAAAAGCAUUGCUGUACUUUGAUUGGCUGGCUGAGAUAUGGGGAGGCGGAGAGAUCCAGACCUGUAUCGUGCACCUUUUCCUCUCUACACAGUCCAGGUGCACCGAGACACUGGAUUAGUUAUCACUGCUGGAGGGGGUGGAGCCUCCAAGACUGGGAUAAAAAAUGGGGUGCACUUCCUGCGUUUGGAACGCAUGGGGGGGCAGGUGUGUGCAUCGCUCGCUCACUCCUUCGACACAGAGACCCGGGCCACCAUGAGUCUGGCGCUAGGGGGGGAUGUAAUUGCAGCCGGACAGGAUGCUAGCUGUCAAAUUCUGCGUUUCAAAGAAGAGACUGGGAAACCAGAGAUCAAACAGGAGCGCAAAACUCAGGGGAAAGGAGGUGCAAGCGAGCAAGGCCCUCGGAAGAGAAGGGUGGGGGGCAGUCAGCCUGCAGCGGGUGAUGGUGAUGGAAUGAACGAGACGCAGAACAAAACGGCUGAGAUCUCUGUAGAGAAGCUGGGGGAAGUGCAGACAGACUUCAGCGACGACGGGCUGCAGAAAAGCGUGCGCUUCAGUGGAGACCUGAGCUUCCUGGUGACAGGGGGUGCUGACGGGUACAUCCGAGUCUGGGAGUACCCAGCCAUGAAGAAGAAGCUAGAUUUCAAAGCUCAUGAUGGUGAAAUUGAAGACUUGGACAUCAGCCCUUAUAACAAGGUGGUGUCAGUGGGCCGAGACUUUGCUUGCUGCGUGUGGAAGAACGACCAGCUGGCAUUGGGACUGCACUGGAAUGAAAACAUGCCCAGCAUUCCUGACAAGAUGUACCGAUACCAGGCCUGCAGGUUUGGGAAGGUGGAAGAUAACCGCGAGGCUCUGCGUCUCUACACGGUACAGAUCCCGCACAAGCGUGACCGCAAACCCCCUCCCUGCUAUAUCACCAAGUGGGAUGGCCGGAGCUUCCUGCCUCUCCUCACACAACCUUGUGGGAAUGAGGUCAUAUCCUGUUUGGCAGUCAGUGACUCUGGGACGUUCUUAGGCCUGGGGACAGUGACAGGAUCAGUGGCUAUCUACAUCUCCUUCUCUCUACAGAAACUCUACUAUGUUGAAGAGGCUCACGGCAUUGUGGUCACAGACCUGGCCUUUGUGCCCGAGACGCAGCAUGGCAGAGAGCUUGUUGGGGACCACGAGGCAGCCAUGUUAAGUGUGGCUGUAGACAGCCGGUGUAAACUGCAUGUCCUACCAAACCGAAGAUCGUUUCCCAUGUGGUUUGUUCUUCUCCUCUGUGCUCUAAUGAUUGUGGCUGUGGUCCUCUUUCUACAGUAUGCCUUCCCUGGAUUCCUUUAGGACAAACGGAUGACUCAGUGUGCUUUACCCCAGCUCAUCAGGGCAGUGCGUUUUAUAACACCUUGCUUUUAUCUGGUCCAAGAUGUGUACUAAGCCCACAUUUGCCAUGUGAUGCAGUUGGUGUGAAACAAUUCGCCUCACACUGCCACUGGUUCAAUGCAUGUUCUGGUAGAAAAUAGGAUGACAUUCUCCUGAUGGGCAAAAGGCUUCCUGCGAAUGAAGAAAUCAUCAAAGUCAUGAAGACUGAGUUCAGUCAACAAUGCAGUGCACUAUUAGUGAAUUUUUUAUUUUGAUUUUUAGAACACACAAAAUAAGUAAAGCUAUUUCUCUUAACACUGGACAGCAUCCAUGUUCAGUAUCCACCUCCAGCAACCCUAUCUAUUAUGAUGUGUCAUUUCAAAAUAGACCGGGUCAACUAGUCCCGUUCCCUUCUGAUAAAACCCUUUAAUUAAAAGACAUCCAUGACCUACACAAACAUUGUUGUAAUUGUAAAGUUAUAAUUUAUUUUUAGUAACUGUUGUGUGUCUUGAAGGCAUCUUUUGAAUGGAGUUUUUUUUUUUUUAUUGUUUAUGAUAGACUUGGUGGCUUGUGAUAUCCAGUCAUGGAAGCACAUGUCGUAGGGGACUCAAUUACACUGAGGAGGGAGGAAUCCAGUUGACAUCCCAUUGGUGGGAGAUGUGUGUUUCUGUCUUUUUGGCCACUGCUCUGCCUUGCUGCAUAGAGGUGUUGCUAGAGGUUAGUGAGUUCAUGGUUUUGAGUCUGUUCACCAUGUUUUCAGGAGUCCUUGCAGACAUUAGUGCUGUGCCCAUGUGCAGUGUGCUUCAGUUCUGUAUUUGUAAUCUUUACCUCAUUUUACUGCACCUGUACAAAGCAAUUAUGUAUUUGUAAGGAUCCUGCAAACAUGAAAGACAAAUGAUUGAAUCAAAACCUUCAGCUUGCCUGCUGACAGCCAUCUAUGCUGCAAGUUCAUGGGAGGACCUGCAAACUAACUUUGGGGGUCUCAUUUCCCUCAGAGUUAGUGACACAGGAUCCAAUAAAUAUAUUUGUGAAAAGUUAAUGUAUUUUGGUUAAUAAUUGAUUUAAAACAUUGACAAAGCCUUCUCAUUAAAAUCUUAUAUAAUAGAAA